CUGAAGUGCGUCACUGGGUCAAGGGUCACAAAUAUGGCGCUGCACUUGUAGAGGGUUAUGUCUUUCAGAUUUUGUUUGUAGGCUCAUAUACUUUGUGAUAAAAAAACAUUUUUGUGACGAUUUUUACCUUUGUAAAGACACUAUGUAAAUUCGUAAUCGAUUAAAUCGCAAUACAAUUGUGAAUCAUCAUUAUUAAUCAAACAUAACAUGCAGUUAGUCAGCUCACUUUGGUUAAAGCUGUAGCAUAGCAUCUACUGCGGAAUUAGAGACGUCAUGGUUAACAUAUUUUCCGAUUGGUGAUAUGCUUUUGAGUAUGAAUUAUCAGCCAAUCGCAGUGUAGGAGGCGGGACCUUCGCGUGUUACCAGUCAUGUCAGGGAGAAACGUUUGGACCAGUAGCCGGGAGCGGAUGAGGAGAUUCCCUGAGCUGUUAGCCCGGUGCUCAGUAGAGGCAGCUGCUUAUGGUAAAUGUGUGGUAUCUACUACAUCAGGCAAACAGGAGCUGAAGAAAGAUUUGUGCCUCAAAGAGUUUGAAGCUCUGAAGACCUGCUUCAUAAACGCUGCAAAUCAGGCGUUGAAGUAGAGGAAGAAUUCAAGCCUGGACAUACUACUUUGUUGGAUAAAUACUUGCUGUUGAUCUGUUCAUUCACUCAUCUUCACUAAGUGCUUUAUCCUGGUCAAGGUCAUGGUGGAUUUUAAGCCUUUCUUUGAUGCACACACAUUCAAAUGGGGUGCAGUUUAGCAAAGCCAGUGCACCAGAGCAUGUUUUUGGACGACGGAAGGAAAACAGAGGAAACCCAUAUGGACACAGGGAGAACAUACGAAACUCCACACAGACAAUAACCUGCACUUCGGAUCAAACUGCCUCCCUGUUGUUAAUGUGGUGGUGUUUUUUUUUUUAAAAAUUAUUAUUAUAUUUGUAACCAUCAUCAUCUGAGAUGUGUUAUUUAAAUUUCUGAAUAGUGUAUGGACAUGCAUCUCAAAAUCUAAUGUUGCUAUUGUAUUGAUGCAUAAAAAUAAAUGAUCUAUAUGGCUUA